CGCGGGCCUCAAACCCCCACAGCGACUCGACCGUCGAACGCGGCCGCGCCGCCACCGCCGCCGCCGCCCGCCGUCGCCGUCGUGAGCGCCGCCAAAGCGAUGCGCCUUGCCUCCCGCGCCUCUCUACGCCGCGCCGCCGCCAUGUCCGCUUACUACAACGCCCGAGGAUCCGCUCGCCCGCGACGAGGCUACUACUCCGGGCGACCCACGCCGCCUCCCCACCACCACCACGACGCCGGCGCCGAGCUCGUCAGCGGCGACUCCCACCACAGCGCGGUGCGUGCCUCCAACGAUUCGCUCCGCCGCGGCGGCGGCCGCGGGCCUCCUCCGUCGCUGUACGGAUACGCGCCGCCUCAGCCGCCGCCGGCGCUAUACGGGGCCGUGCCGUACAACUACGGCCACCCGCAGCAGCCGGGCCCGCCCUACGGGGCCGUGCCGUACAACUACGGGCCCCCGCCGCCGCAGCCACAGGAUCCUCAGUACGGAUACGCGACCCCGAAUCCGUAUGUCCAGGGGCAUCCGCAGCCGUACUGGCGUGGGCCAACAAAUGCAGGGUUCCGGCCGCCGUACGCCGGCUUCAGGCCUGGUGCGCCGCAGCAAUCACCAAGGCUAGCGGAGUACCGCCGACGGUGGCGAUUCACGCAGCAUCGGCCACCACGCCAAGCCGAGAGGUUUAAGGUUCUAUCAUACAAUAUACUAGCUGAUUAUCUGGCCCAGGAGCACCAGUUUCUUUAUGAGCGCAUACCAUCUUUCAUCAUGGAUUGGAACUGGCGGAAGGAAAAGUUAGUGUUCGAGUUUGGUUUGUGGUCUCCAGAUAUUUUAUGUCUUCAGGAGGUUGACAAAUUUACAGACCUUGAGCAAGAAAUGGCAACUCGAGGAUAUAAUGGCAUAUGGAAGAUGCGGACUGGAAAUGCCACUGAUGGAUGUGCGAUCUUUUGGCGAACAGCUAGGUUUCAGUUGCGCUAUCAAGAGGAUAUCGAGUUCAAUAAGAUUGAUCUCCGUGAUAAUGUUGCACAGAUUUGUGUUUUAGAGUCGGUGAUUCCAGGAAAUGUGCAAACUGAGUCUAGCCCUAACCAUCCUCAACAAGCUAAGCAAAUUAUUGUAUGCAAUACUCAUGUUCUUUACAAUCCAAAGAGAGGGGACAUCAAACUUGGUCAGGUAAGGACGCUUCUUGAUCGAGUGUAUGCUCUAUCAAAGACAUGGAAUGAUGCUCCAGUAAUAAUUUGUGGAGAUUUCAACUCUACACCCAAGAGCCCUCUGUACAAUUUUAUGCUGGAGCAAAAGUUGAAUCUGUCCGGUCUUGUGAAGAGUAAUAUAUCAGGGCAGCAAACUAGUACUGCACAGGGACUAUAUACUGGUCCUAACACAGCUCGAUUCUAUCCGCCUUUUCACACGACGAAUAGUAAGGAGGGUAGCAUAAGUUACCCAAAUGAUCAUAAGCCUCAACCUGAAGCAAGAAAUGUAACGGAAAAUUCUCGUCUUUCUGGCAGAGAACCAACUUUGACUGAUACUGCUUCAGACUCUUUCUUAAACCCAGAGAGCUCUACAAAUCCUCACGAGCAAGAAUUAAUGGGCUGUGUGAAAGGUCCUACAAAGGAAGCCUAUACAUCUGAUGCUGAAGCACAUACCAACACCACUAAUGGUGAAGAAACUUCAGUGGUUAACAACUCCAGUGAAGGAUAUGGAGUAAUAAAAAAGAGCUCUGUAGAAGAAACUAACGUUACAAACUUUUCGUCUGCUUCAACGACAGUAAAUGAUGAGACCCUUCAGUCAGAUUCGAGUGAAAUAGUUGAUAGAAGUCAGCUUCUUCCAUCUUAUGAAUCAUCUGAAUCUAAAGAUUCUUGGGAAGAAUUAGCUGGUGGUAGCAAUAACAGUUCAAAUACCCUGGCAAACUUUCCUGGUCAUGUGAUUUCUGGAAAAGCUACUUGUGAUUUUGAGCGAAACAAUGUCCAGUCAGAUACACUGUUUGAUAUAUCAAAGGUCAGACCCGAUGAAAAGGAACAAGACAGUGAACCUUUGUCUACUCAAAAUAAUUGCAUGCGUAGUGAAUCAAAAUCAAAUUGUUUCAGUGAUCCCCUGAAGUUUGCUGAUACACUUCAUCAAAUGAGUAAUCUGAGGCUAGAAGAAGAAAACAAUACUGAGCCAACUCAGUUAACAUCACCACUAGAGCCUUUGCAACACACAGAUUGUGCCUUUUCUGACACUUGUGAUGUUCAAUGUACACCUGAAGUGAUAAACAGGCUUUCAAAAUCGCAUUCAUGUUCAAAUGAGCUUGGAAAUUGUUCUUGUGCUUUUGAGGAUGAUGGGGCAUCCAAUGAAGUUUUGUGCUCAGAUGUGAAUGCAGAUCCUUCCAUCUUUAAAGAGUUUUCUGGUGUUAAUGAAUUUUUACUUGAAGAUGAAGACCAGCUGCAAACAACCUCAGAUGGUUCACCAUCUGCCCAGCAAGUGAUUACUUCUGAUAAAAGAUAUUACGAUUAUGAUCCAUACAGGUGGACACCAGAUGAAAUUAAAGCUGCUACUGGGAAUGAAGAUUGCACCUUCGUGGAACAUAAUUUGAAAGUCCGAAGUGUCUACACAGAUGUGGAGGAUUUUGAAGGGACAAAAGAUGCCAACAAGGAGCCUCUAGUAACAAGUUACAACAGAAAAUUUAUGGGAACAGUGGACUACAUAUGGGCUUCCGAAGAUCUGCAGACUGUUCAAGUGCUAGAUACCUUCCCAAAAGAAAUUCUGAAACAAACAAUUGGGUUCCCUACCAAGAAAUGGGGAAGUGAUCAUAUCGCUUUGGUUUGUGAAUUAGCAUUCACAAAAUAAUGCUCGUCAUACAGGCAAAGAGGGGUUUUGCCUUCGGAGCCAGCGAUAGGUGCCUGCCUACAUAAACAGCAACUACCCUAGCACAAACCCCAGGGAAAAAGAAUCUUGGGGCCUAUAUCAACGACCAUUUCUACAUUAACAAUAUAGAGCAGUACAUUGUUUCUUCUAAUCCAAUAGAAGAACGCAUCAUAUCUUUAUUUUAUCGGCAUGCUUUCCAAUUUGUACAUGAGGCGACAACUAAAUAUGUUUUUAAUUCUAUUUGAUUAAAUGCUCCAAUCGGAGACCCUAACUUACCUUAAGCUAAGCGUAAGCCUGCGAUGGGGGCUUUUGGACA